UGUUGUUGUUCUUUUCCAAAUUCACAAAAAUUAUGUUAAAAAUUGUAACGGUGUCACAUUACCUCCAUUAAUUAACGAAUCGCAAUAUUUUUUUGAAAACAACUAUAUAUAUAACUGUAACGAAGAGAAAGAGAGAAAGAUUACGCUUUUAAAAUGAGAAAACCUUAACAACGAUUUCAUUUGUGCGAAUAUGGCCAACAGCGAGAGUAUAACGUUAGAAGAUAACCAACUUAAGUGUUUUGAAUUGAAAUACGGUGAUGGAGAUUUAUGCUCCAAAAGGCGAAAGUCUCGCGACAUUUCUCUAAGGGAUAAUGAAUUAGCUGCAAAUAGUAAUCAAUUAGAAAAAGGCCAUGAUGACGAAAUAUGUGAAAAAUGUUUACCAAAUUCUUCCAUAAUCGGAAUUGCCAAAGAGGAUGAUAGUGACAAAUCUACUAGUGAAGCCAAAAAAGAAAAAAAAAAAUGUGCCAAAGAGGAUUCCUUAUUUUAUACAACGAAACCGUCAACAUCAAGUAAAGGUUUUGAUAACACUUUCGCAUUACUUCAAUCUCAGGUGGAAUAUAACAAAGAAAAAUCUUUUAAGAUGCUAAGCAAUAUUAAUGUCAAUCAAAGUUUAUUAGAAAAAUAUUCAUUAACUGAACAAGAAGAAGAAGAUGAAGAUGCAAGAAUGUCAUGUACAUUAUCGGAAUUUGAAAUCACCGAAGGUAUAAACACUCUCAUAAAAGAUGUAAAACAAAGGCAAUCUAUGGAAGCGGCGUUACCAUUAUUAACAUAUUUUCUAAAUUUAGUCUCAAGAUGCCAAACUGAAGAUGCAUUGAAUGCUGUCUCAAAUACUUUAUUAUCUUCGCAAUUGAAAUCACAUGAAAAUUUAAACGGAAAGAUCAUAUAUUAUGCCGCACGAAAACCAGACGGUGUAAUGUCGUUAAAAAUUGUACGGAAUUUACUCAGAUCAGAAGUUUUAUGCGGUAAUCGCAUAAGUCAAAUGACACGAGCGUAUGAUGAUAUUGAAGCCGUUACCCGCCUUUUGGAAGAGAAGGAAAAGGAUUUGGAAUUGACGGUUCAAAUUGGCAAAGAAUUAUUAACGCAAAACAAUGUACUCGAGAAUAAAAUUCUUGAGUUAGAAUCCGAUCUAAAAACAGUUAAUGAAGACCAUGCACAACUUUUACACGAAUUGCGUAAAAAAAAUGAACUUAUUGCUGUACUUACCAGCGACAGUGAUAGCGAAACUCCGACAUAUGCAAAAUCUAUAACCGUAGAACUAUUACAAAAAAAAAUAAACUCUCUUGAAGAUGAAAACAAGUCACUUAAAAUGGAAGCUUCGGAAUUAGUACACCAGACCGAUGCCGUAGAAGCUCACGAACGUCAACUAAUGGACGACAUUACGACGCAAUUAGGAGAUGUGAAUAAACAAUUUGAAAAUCUGAGUCUUGAUUUAGAGCGACAGCGCGAAGAAAAUCGACUACAACAUGAACAGAUCGUUAGCUUAACGGCACGUCUCGCAGAAGCUGAGAUGAGAUUACAUCAACUAACACACGACAACGAUGAGAACGUUACGUUACUGAGUAUCACAAAGGAAAACCAAAAUUCAUUGGCGUUGGAGCUUGUCGAAUUCAAGCAACGAUACCAAGAAGUUCUGGCUCUACUGCAAGAGACUCAAGAGCAAUUGCGAAAAUAUCGAAAGAAGUCUAUGCCACAAGCUCGAAACACGUUUAUGCCUUCGAUGGUUCAUUUACAAUCUGAUUCUUUGCAAUCCGAACUCAUGGAGUCCUCACUUUAUUCGGAAAACAGUCUUGAUUCGGGCAUUUCGAAUGAUAACCUUCGUUUUAAUAAUUCCUCUGGCCAGAUCAUGCCAAAGCUUCUGAAUGAGAUUGGGUUGCCCGCUCUUAAUAAUCCUGUGAUAAGUUCUGCCAACACUUGUGCGUACUCUUCCGUUCCUUUCCCAUCUUAUAAACGCGUUUUUGAUACUAUUAAGUGCGCUAAAAGUGGAACCGUAUCAAACAUUGGUUCGAUGUCAAUGAGUAGCGUGUCUGGGCCUCGCAUGUCAACGAUGAUUUAUGGUGAUAAACAGUUAGAUGAAAAUAAUUUUAAUUCGGAGAAUGCGUUUGCGCUCAGAUCAGCAUCGUGCGAGAGCUUAGCUUCACAAUCAGAAGAUUGCUUUUCCCAACCGUCAGGAGUUCCCGGCGUACCUGGUGCUAAGGAAUUAGAAGCAGCAUUGAAGAGGCUCACCCCUGCCGAAGUGCUUGCGAGACGAGCAAUGCUCUCAUAUGCUCCUGCAGGAACCUAUUCUUACGACGAUAAUCUACCUAUGGCUGGACUUCCCUUAGGAAUACGUACGCCAGAUAGUAUAAUGUCUACUGGUUCUUCGGGUGUAUCGUCAACGAACAUGUCGUCUACAUUACACCAAUGGCGUCUUCCUGAGAAAUUGCAAAUUGUAAAGCCAAUGGAAGGAUCUCAAACAUUGCAUCAUUGGUCUCGCCUGGCGACACCGACCCUGAGUGGUUUAUUGGAAGAGCGUCCAGGAGUUACAAUACGUGGUGGUCGUGGACUUGAAGAACUUGGAUUACAGUUGUACACAUUAAAUGAUAUUGAAGAAGAUGUUCCUGAUGAACUUCCAGGAAAACAAUUCGAAAUUUCAUAUUGUACUUACACAUAUACCACAAGUACAGUUAUGCAUCCUGAUGAUGGUUUCAUCAAUGACGCAUCAUUUCUCUCACAGUCACAAAUGUCCUCACGCAUGGCGUCUACAUCAACAUCUCGGCAGCCAAGUUGUCCACCGACUCCCCGCGCUGGUCUAUCGCGCAAAAAUUCGUGUUGCACUUUUUCUGUCAAUUUGGGUUUAGCAUCCAUGUUGAACGAAAGAGGUAUUAAAGCCGUCACUCCAAGCGCACUUAAUACGCCUGCCGGACCAAAUUUUUCUCCAACAGUGACUCCUUACAAUAGCCCUGAGGAUUCGCCCACGCGCUCUAGGUCUCCGGAACCACUUUUCAAUUUAUUGUCCUCUGGUGCGGACGUUUUUCGGCGCAAAUUGAUUGGUGGUGACGUUGAGCGCAGUCGCACCCAACAGCAAAAGCAGCAAAAAAUUCUGCUUACUCGUCUUGAACGUCGUGCCUUGCGGUCUCUUCGUUUACUUGAAAAAGUUGAGAGCAUUGGUUUGGAAAAUAUAAUUACAACUCAGCCGAACGCCAUGUCUCAACUAACUAGUGGAAUUGCCAAUAGAAGCAUUAGUCCAAUGGCACAACUUACUAGUUUAAAAAAUAUUAAUCCCAAUCCCAAUAGUAACAUCGUUAAGAAUUUGCAUUUUGAUCGUAAUCAGAUCAAAGAUGUGCUUCAAAAAGGAUUGAGUCCACAAACAGCAUUGCCCGUCAAUAAAAAAGUCAAAGAGAAAUCCGAGCAUAAUAAUGAACCUAAAGUAAGCAAUAUAAAUAAAGUUGCCAUUAGUGCUGACGCACAAAGCAAUCCUACCCCAACUAAUUAUCACGAUGAAGCAACUAUUAAUGCACGUAGCAAGCCCGUACACCGACAAAAAUCCCGGCGAAAUCUUAAAAAUGGACAAAGACCUGACUUAGGCACAACUGAAGGUCGCGUGCGAACCGAUUUGGGAAGGGUCUCACCAAGAACCAACAGAAAUCAACAGCAAUCGAGUACUCAACGAGUUGUUAAUGAAAAUGCCGCAGAUAAAUCAUCAUCAACCAGCAAUGAAAGAGAUAAUGAACAAACUCUUACUCAAUCGUUCGUUGGCACAGUAAGCUCUUUAAUAUUUGGCAGAAAGGGGGGUUGGUUAUAAACCCUUCGCACAGACAGACAGGCAGGCAGGCUAUGGAAGAAUAGAAACAUUAAUCAUUUUUACUACAAGUGCUUAACUGCUUAUUAGUUUUGUGAAUAGAAAUAAAACACAUUAAAAUAUUUAAUCCUAAUGUUAUGUACAUAUUGCAACAUCACAAUACUAACAGCACUUAGUUAAUGGACUAUUUUUGUUUUCCAAUUCCCUCUAUUUGCAUUCAGUUUAUGAAACAGUAGCCAGUUACAUUAUAUCCAUCAUUUAUUCCUAAUAUGAGCAUUUAGUUAUAAAAAUAAUGCGAAAAAACAAAAAAAAACAAAUUCCGUUGUGAAAAUUGCAUUGUUUACGUUGAGGAGGUGCAUAUAUUCAGUAAACUUUGUACUUACUUUUGUAUUUCUACUUAAUUUUAAACAACUAUAGCAGAGAAGCACUGAUUUAGUUUUUUUUUUUUUUUUUUUUAUUUUUUUAUUUUUUUUUUUUUUGUAAUUGAUUAUUGCCUUUUAUAUCCACCCACUCAGCAGGUGUGUGUGUGUGUACCUUAACGAUCUCAUUCGAAGGUAUCGGUAAAACGCUCGCGACUCUCUGCAUGCUUUUGAAAACUGUAAAGUACUAGAUAGGGAGUUGCAGGCAAAUGUGGAGAGAAAAUCUUAAAUUAUAAUAAAAAGCUGAAAGAGGAAUGAGUAUACAUACAAGAAGAGUAUACAAGGCUACAACUAUGGAGGGUGUUAAAUAAAAUUCCAUUGAAAUUAUUCUUGAAAUGGAAAGAAUAGUGUUAAACGGGGCAAAUUAGAUGAUAAGGUUGUGUUCAACCUUAUAGGAAUUUCUGAAUAUCUGCACCGAAGUUUCAAUAUACGUAUAAGGGAGACUUUUUGUUUUUCUUAGUUUUGAAAGUAUCAUGAGUAAGUUAGCGGAACACUGUAGCUUAGCUCAAGAUCAAGAUCGUAGGAAGCUCUAGGAAGUUUAGGUUGGUUUCUCUUCUUUUUUUUUUUUUUCUGUAACCUAGAGUGACAUAACCAAAACGUAGAAACAAAUUGCACUUUAGUCGAUGAUUAGCAAAAACCAUUGCUCGUAAACUGCAAUUAGUAUUAGUUUUCUUAGCUGAAGGAAAUUUGUGAGCAAGAUUUUCAUCAAAAUUGAUGUUUUUGUAUUAACACGAUCAAUCGAUGGGGGGGAUCGAGUGUUUGCAUAUAUAUAAAAUCUUAGCAAAGCCACUCU